GUCGACAAUCGAAAAAAGCAAAUCUAGCAACCAAUCUCAAGAUGUUCAAGUUGUGCAUUCUCUUGUCCUGCGUUCUGGCUGUGGCUUUCGCCAAACCAGGGUUCAUCAGCCAGCCAAUUGUGGCUGCAGCACCAGUGGUGCAUUCAGUUCCAGUCGCCACGAGUUACGCCAACACCUACAAAGUUUCCAAAAGUGCUGCACUUGUUGCUGCUGCCCCUGUUGCUCAUGUGGCAUAUUCCGCACCUUUGGCCUACGCUGCACCUAUAGCCCACGCACCUCUAGCCCACGCACCCCUGGCCUACGCUGCUGCCUACCCCUCACAUUUGACCUAUGGAGCUCACUACAUCCACUGAUUUCA